UGGCAUUUGCCGAAUUAACUCCCAACCAAACCUCCCCAACUUUCAAUUCCCUACAUCGACGCGCACCUACCAGCAACAGCUCACCAUCACGCCCACACGUCAAGCCAAACCCCCGAAAGGGGCGCCUCCGCUGUCCCGCUCCGCGCGUUCCACAUGGCGGCGGCGGCGGCGGCCAAGCCCGUGCCCGUAGAGCGGCUCGCGCAGCGCCUGGUCGCGCCGGCGGGGCCGACGCCGGAGGGCCCGCUCCGCCUGUCGUGGCUCGACCGCUACCCGACCCAGAUGGCUCUCAUCGAGUCGCUGCACGUGUUCAAGCCCGACAUGGCCAGGGAAGGGGAUUCCCCCGCCAGGGCCGUGGAGCGGGCCCUGGCGAGGGCGCUUGUCGACUACUACCCGCUGGCCGGCCGCCUCGCCGUGUCCGAUGCCGGCGAGCUGCAGGUGGACUGCCGCGACGGUGGGGUCUGGUUCAUCGAGGCCGCCGUCAGGUGUCGGCUGGAGGACGUCGACUAUCUGGAGUACCCUCUCGCCGUCGACAAGGACGAGCUGCUCCCCCACCCGCGCCCCAAGCCCACCCACGAGGAAGAGAGCAAGCUCAUCUUGCUCGUCCAGGUGACGACGUUCGAUUGCGGCGGCUUCGUGGUGGGGUUCCGCUUCAGCCACGCGGUGGCGGACGGGCCAGGGGCGGCGCAGUUCAUGGGCGCGGUGGGGGAGCUGGCGCGCGGGGCGGGCCGCAUCUCGGUGCCCCCGGCGUGGGGCCGCGACGCCAUCCCGGACCCGGCCGGCGCGCUCGUGGGCCGCCUCCCGGAGCCCGCCGGCGCCAAGCGGCUCGAGUACCUCGCCAUCGACAUCUCCGCGGACUACAUCAACCACUUCAAGGCCCAGUUCGCGGCGGCCACGGGCGGGGCCCGGUGCUCGGCGUUCGAGGUGCUCAUCGCCAAGGCGUGGCAGAGCAGGACACGCGCCGCGGGCUUCGACGAGGAAUCCCCCGUCCAUCUCUCCUUCGCCAUGAACGCGCGGCCGCUCCUCCACGCGCGCCUCCCUUCCGGGGGCGCGGGAUUCUACGGCAACUGCUACUACAUCAUGCGCGUCUCCUCCACGGCCGGUAAGGUGGCCUCGUCCUCCAUGGCCGACGUCGUCAAGAUCAUCAAGGAAGGGAAGAAGCGGCUGCCUUCAGAGUUCGCGCGGUGGGCCGCGGGGGAGAUGGCCGGCGUGGACCCGUACCAAAUCACCUCCGACUACCGGACGCUGCUCGUCUCCGACUGGACCCGGCUGGGCUUCGCCGAGGUGGACUACGGCUGGGGCCCGCCGGCCCACGUCGUGCCGCUCACGAACCUGGACUACAUCGCCACGUGCAUCCUCGUCAAGCCCUGGGCGCACAAGCCAGGCGCGCGCCUUAUCACGCAGUGCGUCACGCCCGACCGCGUGGCCGCCUUCCACGACGCCAUGGUGGACACCAACUAGGUCCGUUCCACCGCUUCCCAGUUCCCACGACGCUCAUCCUCUGCUUUCUCCAUCCACGGGGUUCCCUGCAUUUCCUUACAGCGGCAAUGAACUAGUAGUUGUUAAUUACAGCUUGGUGAGCAACAAUAAUGGUAAACUAAGCAAGAAUAGUGGUAAACUGGUAGUGAAGAAAGGCAUCAAAGAAGGACGGAAGAAAGAAGAAGAAGACUAGAACAGAACAUAACGAUAUGGGGGACAGGUAGACACAGCUAAAUGGCGGUUGGCAAUAGUGGAAUUGGUAUUGGAUUCCUUUGGACGUUCUCGGUGGUGUUUGGUGAAGACUGUGUACGACAAGGGGGUUCUAGUUGAAGGAUCAAGGCGCCACCGACUAGUCUCCCCUUCCGUCAGCGUAUUGUACUAUUCAAUUUUAUUUUUUAUUUUUUAAAAUAUAAACCCGCAAGGUGUAUAGACUUUUCUGUAGUUGAUAUCUUCAGGUGUUGUUCUGUCCAUGUAAGAUAACUAAUCCUUGUACAUUACCUGUCUAAACUCCAACUGGUAAGAGGACCCUAGUUUGAUGCCCUGUUGUAGUUUUUCGUGUAAAGAGCUGGUACUUACUACUUAGUUUAACUUCCCAACGGAGUAGUAAUUUUGAUUCA